AUAUGUUCAAAGAGGAAAAAUUCACUAUGAAAAAGUUAGAACAACGAUCCCUUUCCGACUGAAUUUAUUUGUCUAAAACUAGUUUUAUUCGAUCCCAACGUAAUUUUAAUUAUAGAUAUGAAUAAAUGGUUAAAAUCUGUCAUAUAGUGCAAGACAUUAUUUAAAAGUGUAUAGUUAUGUCAAAUUUCUCAUGAGGAAUUAAAUAAAAGUGGUUUCGGCAAAAAUAAAAUUCUAUCGAAAAACUAUUUAUUCCAAGAGAAAUAAAUAUGAAGAUACAUUAACUUUUCGUUACAUUACAUUAGUUGCGAAACAUAAGUUCUUAUGAAGUGCGUAUGCUUUUUGUAUUCGUAUGUGCUAUUGGUAAUGCAUGCAUGUCAUCUCUUUCUAUUCUUUGUCAUAGAUAUAACCUUUCAGUUGACAUAUCAUCAUCAAUUUAUGAAACUUAUUAUUAUUGUACACAAUGUGAAAUAUGUACAAAAACAAUCAUAUGUUCAUGUGGUAUUGAAUUAACAAAACAAUUUUCAUAUUCAUCUAUAACACAGCAAAUGCAAAAUAUAUUAUCCAAUCAUGGAACUUAUACAAAAAUAAUAGAAACCAUAAAACAAAUAAAACUUAAUGAACCACAUACAAAUUAUGAAGAAAUUAUUCAUGAUUGUCCUAAAUCAUCAGCUACAUUAUUGAUUAAUUCAGAUGGUAUAGAAAUUUUAAAAGGGGUUGGUGUUUGGCCUAUUAUGCUAGUUAUUAACGAGUUACCCAUAUCUGAACGUUUUUUAUUAAAAAAUAUCAUUAUACCAGUUGUUUGGUCAACAUCUAUAUUACCUACAACUUCACAAUUACAAGCAUCAAUUAAGUUAAUAGUUGAUGAACUAAUUUAUCUUGAACAAGGUUAUGAAUUUUAUAUACCUGAAUUAGAUCGAACAUUACCAUUACAUGUGUAUACAAUAUUUUCAUGUAAUGAUAAACCUGCACAAGCAAAAAUGGAAAACAUUAAACAAUUUAUGGCUGAAUAUGGAUGUGGUCUCUGUUACACACGUGGUUCUUUAUAUCGUUUUAGUAAUAAUACACAAUAUACACGUUUAAGAAGAAGACAACAGUCAGGUUUUAAUCAAAAUUUAUUUAAAAGUCAACCGCCUAUACGUGUAUAUCCGUAUGAAAAAGAUUUAACAUUACGAACAAAUGAAACACAUGAUAAUAUUAUUAUGAAAAUGGAGCAAGAAAACCUUGCUGAUGAACAAGGACAUUUAGGUAAUAAAAUCUCUUACCUUCUUUCGUCGUCCAUUUCUCUUUCGGUUUUCAUUCUUUUUUCGGUUAUUUUAUUUUGUUUUUUAUUGACUUAAAAAUAGAAGAUAACCAUGGGUUGCUCGUAAGCUUUAUUAAAUCUAUAGAACAAUGAAUAAUAAACAAAUAUUUACAAAAAUGACAAAAUAAUGACUAAAUGAUUCUCUAAACAUAAACAUCUACUUGUAUUAGUGGAUUGAACUAAAUUAAAUACUUAUUUUGUU